UGUGUUUUCCUACAGCUAAUCACUUGGUUUAAUAAUUACUGCGGAGUGAAUUCAAUAAAAAUAAGUUAAAACAUCACCAGCGUGAUGAAUUCACUGGUUGGAAUUCUUCUGAUCAUCAGUUUCAAUGCUGUCCUCUCUGAUAAACUGUUCUUUAAACCCCACCAAUUGAAACCAUCAAACAAGAAGUUAGUCUGCCCAGAUGGGGUAAGCAAGUGCCCAUCAUCAUCGUCUUGCUGUCUGGCAGCCAGUGGAAAAUUUUCUUGCUGUCAAUUUGCUAAUGCAACAUGUUGUGAAGAUGGUAAACAUUGUUGCCCUGCUGGGUUCAGUUGCUCAGUGGAGGGAUGCAUCAAGAAGGAUGAUGAAAUCAAGAAGAAACCCACUGAUGUCCCAUGCCCCGGUACUGGAGUGUUUUGCAGAGAUGGAGAAACAUGCUGUCAGAUUGAUGACAAACCGCCUGGCUGUUGUCCACUGCCCGAUGCAGUUUGCUGUGCAGAUGGCACUCACUGCUGCCCAUCAGGGACUGUAUGUGAUGAAGUUGGCCAGAAGUGCACCAAGCCAAAUGGAAUGAUGAUGAACUGGCACAAGCAGGAAAAUGAACCAUAUUCAUUAGUUAAGGGCGUGCCGUACAAGACAUGCCCCGAUAAAGUUACCCAGUGCCUGUCCAAUCAGACAUGCUGCUUGGUGGAGUCUGGAUUCUAUGGCUGCUGUCCUUUUACUGAUGGCGUUUGCUGUUCAGAUCAGGAACAUUGCUGCCCCUUCAGCUAUACGUGCGAUGUAACCCAUGGUGCAUGCGUCGAACCCAAAGGUCACAUGCAGACCUGGUUCCGCAAAGUUCAAGGUCGGAGAGUUCAGGAUCGGGAUGGUCAUGAUUGGAAGGAAGAGGAGAGUAAAGAUGAUGACGAAGAUGAUGACGAUGAAGAUGAAACAAAGGAAGUCGAUUUUCACCCUCUUCAUCAGUUGAAGAGUGACGACGUAAUAUGCCCCGACAACAUCACUCUGUGUGACGACGAUCAGACCUGCUGCAUCACUGGGUUCGGCAACUAUGGCUGCUGUCCUUACCCUGACGCUGUAUGCUGCACUGACAAGGAACACUGCUGUCCUGAAGGUACUUCUUGCGAUCUGGAACACUCCCGGUGCAAAGCUUCCGACGGCCUGUCACAUUCCUGGUCCACCAAAGUUCAAGGUCGCAGAUUGGAAGGUCGCCAUCAUGGUGAUGGUGAUGGGGAUGGUACAAAGAAUACCCACUUCUGUGACGUUGGGUAUCCAUGCUGUAUGAUGUACAAUGGCUAUGAGGCCUGUUGCAUGUUCCUCAAUGGCGUAUGUUGUGGGGACGGCAUUCAUUGCUGCCCUGAGGGCCAGAUUUGCGACACAACCAGGAAAAGAUGCCACUCUAAAUCAACUUCAUCUUCGUCAUCAUCUUCCUCUUCGUCAUCAUCCUCUUCAUCAAGUGAUAAUGACGGUCUAGAUGAUACUGUCAUAAUGUGUGAUCAAACGUUUUAUUGUAUGGAAAACCAAACAUGCUGCAAAGAUACUCAAGGAAAGUUCGAAUGCUGUCCUCUUCCCGAUGGUAUUUGUUGCAACGGCACUCAACAUUGUUGCCCGGCCGGUUCAACAUGUCAAGCGGAAACAGGGAUGUGCAAGAGCAACAUGGCCGACAUCUCGAUCAGCAUGCAGCCGUUGGGAAAGUUGCCACCAGCCGGACCACAAAAUGUGGCGCGUCCACUCGGCGACACGUGUCCCGAUAAGUCUGAAUGCCCUGGAGAUUCAACCUGCUGCCUACUCUCUAACAAGCAAUAUGCCUGCUGCCAGUACGCCAUGGCUGUAUGCUGCAAGGACAAGCUGCACUGCUGUCCGCAGGGUUACAAAUGCGACCUGCAACAUUCCAGGUGCGUGCCUCAACUGACCUCACCCCUCAACCUUCCAAUUCCUUGGGAGCUUUAUAGCAGGAAGAGGGCGAGGGUGGCCACGAAGAACCAGGACGACCAGGGUAACAAGUGCAAGAGGAAUGCUGACGACGAUGAUUUCCACACUCAUCUCUGUCCCCAUAAUUAUUCAUGCUGCUAUGGUGAUGAUGGGGAUGAACCAGUUUGCUGUGGUGACAAGUGGACCUGCUGUGGUGGUUUCUGCUGUCCUGAUGGCUACAGGUGCGGUGAGAAGAGUGGACACUGCGUUCCUGACCACGGCAAGUAUACGCUGCCCUCCAAGUUGGCUGCCUGAAAUUCCAGACUCAAGGAAUUCGCCCUUUUUUCUACUUUAUUUUUUAGUUGUACGCUCAAAUUAUUUUUCCAAUAUUCAAACGAGAUGUACUUCAUUUUUCUUGAAUUAAUUUUCAUUUCAGUGUACUUUUUUUUCAUGUUCUCAAAUUAAAAGUUGAAAGUAUUCGCCGGCGUUUAACAAAGCUUCUCAAGUAAUUCCAUCAACCUUCUGUCCUGUCAACAAACUACAUUUUUUAUUUCAUAUCCUCAAAAAGGAUUGUUUAUUUUUUGCAUUCGAGUAUAAAGAUUCUGAAAUCGUUUUUCCGCAAAAUUUGUUAUAUUAUUUUUUCAUGUCUUUGUUCAAUUUUGUUUGGGAGGGAACGAAAUACUGACAAAUUUAAUUUUUUUACGUUAUCUGCUGCUAUAUUUCUAAAUUAUUAAAUUCACCAUCAAACGUUUUCGUCAAGUUAAAUGGAUUUAUUUUUAAUUUUAAAUAUCAAUACAUGAAUAAUGCUAAGAAAAAUAUAUUUACCUAUUAUUGUUAUAAUCAACUUAAUGAUAAACGGAUUCAACGAGCAUAGACAGAUUGAUAUUUGAAAACUUAACUGAACCCAAGUGAAUUUUUAAUGUAAUUCAGUUGAAACAAUUUAGUUGAUCCGUACAAAUUUUACUCGUGUGCUUUUAUUUGAAACUUGUUUAAUAGAAACAUGGGUUUUUUUUAUUGAAAAGUUUGUCUUGUCUCAAAAUAUGACAUCUACAUAAUGAUGUAUUAAAAGCAAAACGUCGCAAUGUAGAAAUUGUGAAUGAAUAUGAAUGAAUUUUGUUUCAUUUCUACCAAAUUUUUAUGUCGUCUUAACGCGCUUACCUUUGUAAGUAUGUAUUUCAUUUUAAACAGCCGGUCAUCAACUGGGCAGUAAUUGUCAUCAAGGCCUAGUUGUAAUCAUUCGAAAUUUGAUACGUAGGAAUGAUCAAUAAAUCUAUCAGAAACUAACAAAUGAAUAGAAUACUAACGCUUGCAAACCAAUAUAAAUAAAUAGUUAAAUUUAUACACGUACAUACAAAACAAUGAAAUGUAUCAUAAAACACAAAAAAGAAAGAGACAUAGAAAAAAUCAGAAUGUGUAUGUGUGUAUUGUGCGUAAUAGAUCCUUUAAAACUAAACAUUAACAUUGAUGAAACAAAAAAAAAUCGAAAUGUGUCCAUUGAACCGAAAUUGAAAUGGAGUACACAAUUUAACCAUUAUGCAUCUCGAACUUUUUGUAACCACACUUUGUUACUACAGGAUUGAAUAACAAAAUGUACAUAUCUUAAAUUUAAUGGAUUUUGUCAGUUAUUUACAGAGAAUAUUACAUGGACAAUUUACACGCUAAGAUAUGUAUACGUAUUAUGUACAAUAAAAUGUGCAAUUAUAUGCAGUAAAAAAUUUGACUCAUCUGCAGAUCAGAGGAUAUCAACGACGAUACAAAAUAGUUCCCUUCAUUGGAUAUCAUUUCAUCAUUUCACUCAAUCUUUAGUUAAGCCAUGUCGUUUAUCUACAUUAGUUCUUAUGUCCUAGUGCAUUAUAGUUCUUAUGUCCUAGUGCAUUAGCUUGUCAUCAUCAUCUUCUUUCAAGAAAUACAUUCUACUUAUAUAUGUACAAUGUACGAUAGAGAUUAUACGACAUCUACGUUAAAAUAGUGCAUGUCCUAACAGGCACGCAUGCCUGUAUUUAGAUAGUUGUUGCCAUUCAUAUACGCAGACAGGAAGACACAUUCAUACAAACAUCAUUUUGCAGGCCUGACAUAAUUUAAUAGUACAUCACCAUCAGGCGCAUUUCGGCGAUCCGCACUCGCAACAAAACUUGGACGUGGCCGUUGGAAACUUGGCUCCACACUCGAAGCAGAACCUGCCUGCCACCAAGUUCGUGUUGUGUGACGACGACGAUGGAACUCUGGCGCCUGGCUUCUGCGUGGUCAAGUUGGAGGAACUGUCCAUCUUGAUCGUGCGAGUGCCACGACCAGCUGAGGCGCGUCCUCUGCCGACGACUUUGUUGUCGCCAGAGUUGUGGUGGUUGUUGUUAGCCCACGAUUGGCCGGACGGUGCAG